UUCAAUAAAGUUACAUCGUUGAAAAACGAUGACGUGGCAGCCCUGGCAUGGUGCACCGGCUCCUGACUUCCGGGUGCGGCAGGGAAAGUGACUGCAGGAGUAGGAGGUGGCAAUGCUGGAAGAUAUGACACAGCUUACUUGGGGCAGACAGAGGAAAAGGUGACAUGUUGUGGACAAGCUUUGAAAGCAGUUGAUGGUAGAGGCUGCCUAUGGCCAGAAUUAGCUUUUCCUGCUUGUUUCCUGCAUCCUGGCACUGUAGUCUGCCUUCUGUAACCCAGUUCUCUCGCCAGCGUGUGGCCCUUCUGAUAAUUUCCGUUGCAGUAUUCAUACUGGUUUUUGCUGCUGUCGCAGACCUUCAGCUGUGGAGUUCUAGAGCUUUUCGUGAUCGGCAAUUUAGAAGGUACUUGGACCAAAUUGAGGACUUAGAAGCCACUGAUACAAAGGAUACCAAACUAAACUAUGGAGUUGUUGUUGACUGUGGCAGCAGUGGAUCUCGGGUUUUUGUGUAUUUCUGGCCCCCACAUAAUGGAAACCCCCACGACCUCCUGGAUAUCAAGCAAAUGCGAGACCGAGGCAGCAAACCUGUGGUCAAGAAAAUCAAACCAGGUAUCUCUACAAUGGCACUGACUCCAGAAAAAUCAAGUGAUUACAUCAAUCCUCUCCUGAGCUUUGCAGCUUCUUAUAUUCCGAAACAUAAGCAUAAAGAGACCCCUCUGUAUAUCCUCUGCACUGCUGGUAUGCGCAUCCUACCAGAGAGCCAACAGAUAGCCAUUCUUCAGGACCUGGUGAAGGACGUUCCCCAAGAAUUUGACUUUCUUUUUUCAGAGGCCCAUGCUGAAGUCAUAUCUGGAAAACAGGAAGGUGUGUAUGCGUGGAUCAGUAUUAACUUCGUUCUUGGGCGAUUUGACCAUGUGGUUGAUGAGGAAGAUGCUGUUGUUGCUGUUACAAUUGGAACGCAAGAGGAGUCUAUCAUUCGCAAGCGGACAGUAGGGGUAAUUGAUAUGGGAGGUGGUUCUCUUCAGAUUGCCUAUGAGGUUCCGACCACUAUGACCUACCCCUCUGUGGAGCAUGAGGAAGUUGCUAAAUCAAUGCUGGCAGAGUUCAACUUGGGCUGUGACCUGCAACACACAGAGCAUGUUUACCGUGUCUAUGUUACAACCUUUAUGGGCUUUGGGGGGAACUUUGCUCGGCAGCGCUAUGAAGACAUGGUUUUUAAUGACACCAUCACAAAAAACAGAAUACAAGGGCAGCAGAUUGGCGUCCAUCCCAACUCACCACUUCAGGAUCCUUGUUUGCCUGUGGGACUUAUAGAUCAAGUUCGCAGACAGAGCCAUGACCUCCAUGUUCUUGGCAAAGGAAACUGGGACAGUUGUCGGCAGCAGCUUGAGCCACUUCUUUUAAAGUCCAAUGAUACUCAGGCUUAUUUGAAUAGUGUUUACCAGCCUUCCAUUGACUUCUCAAACAGCGAGUUCUAUGGCUUCUCUGAAUUCUUUUACUGCACAGAAGAUGUACUUCGGAUGGGAGGCAUCUAUAAUAGUCAAAAAUUUGCCAAAGCAGCAAAGGAAUACUGUAGCAUGCCUUGGACAACAUUACAAGAUAGAUUUAACAGUGGUCUUUAUUCUUCUCAUGCUGACCAACACCGGUUAAAGUAUCAGUGCUUUAAAUCAGCAUGGAUGUUUAGUAUUCUUCACAAUGGUUUCCACUUUCCACAUGAGUACCCUAAUUUCAAGACGGCACAGCUGGUGUACGACAAGGAAGUGCAGUGGACACUGGGAGCGAUACUGUACAAGACUCGUUUCCUUCCGCUCAGGGAUAUCCGCCAGGAGAGCUCUCGGCCUGCCCACGUGAGCUGGUUUCGAAUCUCCUUUGUCUACAAUCACUAUCUUUUCUUCGCUUGCAUUCUGGUGGUGCUGCUCUCCAUUGUACUGUACAUCCUGCGCCUUCGCCGGAUUCACAGACGCCAGGCUCGUGCCUCUGCGCUUGAUUUGCUAUUGAUGGAAGAGGGCGUGCACACAGUGCUGGAACCUGGGAUCCCUACAUAAAACCAAAGCAGGACCGCUACAAUCACUAAUGCUUAGUAUAUUGGUUAAAAACCAGCACCUCCCAAAGAACUCUCACGUCAUUAACAUGGGACCAAGACUGAAUACAGUUAAGGAUAAACAUUCCAAAUGAGUUUUUAGCAAAAAUCUUAACAGAAAUGAGGAAAUAUGGUAUUUGUCACCAUUGCACUAUGUGGGUGUCAUUGUGACAUUUGGUGGACAACAUAUCCUAGCACCCUCCUGUCGUACAUUCCUUUUGUAGCAUUUAUGUACACAAUUCAUUAUGUCUCACUCCAUGUGUACUCAUUUGGUACACUAAUUAUUUCUCUUCAGUUCAGUGUUAUCUGAUUAGUUCCUGUGGUAUUACAAAUGAAGAAACAAUGAAGCUAAUAUACAAACUGCCAUUAUGUUAAAGCUCAUAUUAUUCUGACACAACAUUCGAGACAAAGGGAAAAGAUGGUUGUCUCUAAUGAUGUUAAUAGUUCAGGAAAAUAUAAAGAAUGGCACCAACCUUGCAGUCAAUAGGGUUGGCCACUGCUGAGGCAAAUGCUGUGGUUUCCUCCACUUAUAUGUAUAAAUGCAGAAGUUAGAAGAAGGGAGACUCUUUGCUUAUAAUAAGCAAUUCUCUUGACACAUUGCUGUCUAUUUAAGGGAAUACAAACAGAACACAACACUUGUAAAGUUGUAAAAAUGGUAUACUUGGGGUCGGAUCAGCUAUCAAAGGUAUAGCUAGCUCCAUAGUUUAAUGGGGACCAAGUACUUACAUCUAGGUAUUCUACUGUUAACUACAAGGCCAAGUAAUGUCUAUACUGAACUAAGUAUAUAGUGUAGCUGUGCUCUUAUUAUGGCCAGCAGCCCUAUGCCUGUUAAGUUACAGGCCCCCAUUCAGACCAAUCUUUUCAGGCAUAACUCUGCUCACCAUAGUAAGAAGCACAGCGACCCUAUGUCAUGAAAAUAUUUUUUUAAAAAGUGUACUUUGUACUUGCCCUUUAUUUGGCCUUUAAAAAACUAUAACCAUUGCCAAAUUGACAAAACUAUCAGUCCACAAGCCAAAAUGGGUGAUUCUAUUCAGAUAAAUCUGGUUGAACUGGAUUUAAUCAGAUUGGUAUUAUGGGAUAGUUUUUUUUAAUAAUAUGGUGGUUUGUACUGCAGGCAAUAUAAACAUUCCAACUCGUACUUGUAAUAAUGAUAAAAUCCAUUAUAAAUAUAACACUUACUUUGUGGUUAAUUAUCUUACUAAACAUUCAAAGGUUUAGGGAACUUGAUAAGCUGAAGCUUCUGUAUAUCUAAAUGUCCCAGCUUUCUUUCUGAGGUGUACGGCCAUCUCUAGAGACCAAAGGUGCUUUGUGCAUUUAGCAGAAGACUGCCGAUGAAUUAACGAAUACACUGCUGUGUACUUUAUAGUAAGAUACACCAGCUCUUGUAGAAAAGGCAACUUCAUCUUUUGUAUUAGUUCGUUCAUGUCAUUUACAAAGAGAUGUUUGCAAGGCAUUACUGUGCAAAUGUUGUAAUUCAAGGCCUCCUGUAAUAUAUUGAACAUGGAAAUAAGGGCAGGAUUUCAAAGGGUUCAUGUAGUUCCACACAUACCAGGAUACCAUUGUUUUUCCAUUGCCAUUGUGUUAUUCCCUGAUGCAGACACAUGACUUCAGCUCUUGUGAACCACAAUCACCAUGUCUGUACUUUAUAGCUGAAGGCUUCUCUUUCAACAUCAGAAGGGUGAUUUUUCACAGCACAAACAUUAUGCCGAAGGCCUUCAUAGACAAACCUGUGAAUUUACAGUGAUGUGUAAAAUGUGAAUUGAAUGAUGAAUCUUGUCAAGUUUUGUUCUGCUUGGAUACAGAGCAAAAAAGACGCGCACACAAAGCAUUCUGUGUUGACGUUUUGAUGCCGCAAAUUGUUCCUGUUGACCCUUGUGAAACUUUUGAAACUUUCCACUUCGAAAAUGUGUGUUGUCUGCUAAGUGAAGGGCACAUUUCUACCUUUCUGUUUGUUUACUGAUCAUUGUGUGAUGUUCAUGUGUCAACAGCUAUCUUCAAUUAAAAAUACACAUUUGUACAUUC